AUCCAAUCCAUCCCCUCAUCUACCAUAUAGACACCUCCAAACCUAACCCUCAUUCCACCUACACACUCACACCAAUACACACACAAACCCACCGCAAAAUGUCCACCUCAAUAGCACUCAAAAAGCGCCGUCUCCGAAGCGACUACAUCUACCACCAAACCCACCGAACAAGAUGGUUCGACAACGACAUGUACGCCCACCUCAACAACACAGUCUACGCCAUGCUCUUCGACAGCAUAAUAAACACGUAUUUAAUCACGCACUGCGGGAUGGAUCCCUUCACGCACAACAACCCCACACUUACUACACCUGACCCCUCCUCUUCCUCCUCCUCCACCUCAUCUACACCAUCCAAAUUCAAAAGCAGCCAAGUAGGCAUAAUGGUCUCCUCCUACUGCGACUACUUCUCCUCGGUCUCAUUCCCGGAUAUACUAGACCUGGGGCUGCGGGUCACGAAGCUGGGGAAUAGCAGCGUGACGUAUGAAGUCGGGGUGUUUAAGGAAGGGGAGGAAGAGGUCAAGGUUGUUGGGGGAUAUACGCAUGUGUUUGUGGCGAGGGAGACGAUGAGGCCGACGAGGGAGGGGAUGGAGAUCGGUGUUAGGAGGGGGUUGGAGAGGUUGGUUGUGAGUGAUGAUACUGCUGUUGGUGGUGGAAAGGGGGCGAAGUUGUGAGUAGGGUUUGGGGGAAUGGUGGUGAGGCCUGUUCUGUUCCUGGUGAAUGGGAUGGAUAUUCGGUCUGGGGGUUUGUAUAUAGUUGAUAGAAGGGGACGCGCUUAUACUGAGUGUUAUGUUAAGUGUCCUGGUGGCAUUUAUUGGCUAUUUGAUGUUGUGUCUUAUGUAUCAAAUGGCCGGUGUAGAGGUAGAUCAAAAAUACUGGAAGAGCAG